AUGGGUAACAGCAAUGGAAAACCCCUCUUUAACGAGCUUCCAAUGCUCAGAAUAACGAUCACCUCUGACGAGUUCAUCUUCGAUCGCAUUAAACCACUCUUAGACGCUGUCUUCUCCAAGAAACCCAACGACAAGAUCUGGGAUCAAGUCUAUAAUACCAUUACCAAAUCCAACCCACCUCCCCGACCGAUCGCAUCUUCCCUCCAACAAAGACCAUGCCUGCGUAAUACAGGCAGUUUUGUGAUUUCCUUAGAGCAUCUAAACGAUGUUCUGAAACAUGAACUCGGCGUGAUGUACGUGGAUAUACGUCGAUUUCACGACACAUUUAUCGGGGGCAUGACAGAACUCGAGACAGCAUCCGAGCCCAUCUUCAAGAAGUGUACUGUAGGAACCAGUCCGCUUUUCCUUAAAGGGUGGACAGGAUGGCCAGAGGACUCAAAUGAGAAGAUCGUCUUAGAUGACAUUCGCAGAGGACUACAGGCUAAUCUCGACACGAAGACUCUUAGUACAACCUCACAAGUCGAUCCAGGGUUCGACCUCAGGGUGCAAGUUGGACAUCGGCUUCCGUUCGACAUUAACGAAGAUGGGCUACGUUUUGUGUCCACGAUUCUUGGCUUUCUCUGGAUGAACGAGGAGGAACUUGGGUUCGACCCUACAGUCUUCGUUUCAGGUUCUGAACAAUAUAUAGAGAUUGAAAGAGAUAGCCGGAAAGAACGUCUUAUAAUUGAUGAAGUCAUGAUACGGACAUGCUGUAUAGCUAGCCGGGCCACAACUUGCUGGAAAGCCCACCUCCAGGGAGACCCGCGGGCGUCGCUUGUUAUCAAAUAUUCGUGGCAAUACACGGAACUAGAUGAGGAAGGCGAUAUGCUCCGCGAGGCAACAGGUAACGGUAUAAUUAAUGUGGCGCGGUACUAUCACCACCACACACGAUGGCAUUCGGAAUAA